AUGACGCAAAAAACAAAAUAUAUGGGAGUUGCGAAUUAUGCUCUCAUUGUGCCUACGGCUCUGGAAACUGACAGCAUAACUAUUGAUCCAAUUUUCAUUGGGAGACAAAAUGAUGAAUCAGAAGUUCUGCGGCAGAUAACUAGACCUGUCAAUGAAGUUCUUUCUGUACUUCCCAUAGUUGGAAUGGGAGGGCUUGGCAAGACAACCUUAGCUCGGUCGGUCUUCAAUCACCAGAACUCGGAGAGUCAUUUUGCCAUUAGGAUUUGGGUAUGCGUUUCUGAAAAUUUUGAUGUGAUGACGCUUUUUAAAAGGAUUCUGGAGUCCUUAGGAGAAAUUUUUCAUGGAGUCAGCAGGCAAGCUGUUGUGGAUAGGCUUCGAGAAAAAUUGAAAGACAAAAGAUACUUGCUUGUUCUUGAUGAUUUGUGGAAUGAAAAUAGAGAAGCUUGGGAGGAUUUCGAAAAUACUAUGGCUGGAGUUAACACCAGCAGAGGAAAUGCCAUCAUGGUGACUACACGUCAGCAAAGUGUGGCAUCAAUUGUGAAAACUUACGGAGAUCCAUAUAGCUUGAAAAGUACCNGAAAGGGAAAAGAUGAGUGGCUCUCAUUUCUGGAGACUGGACUUUCAAAUCCAAAAGUAAAUGAAACUAAUGUGAUGCAAGUCCUAAAGGUAAGUUUUGAUCGCUUGUCUUCUCCGUUACUUAAAAAAUGUUUUGCCUAUUGUUCAAUAUUUGCCAAGGAUUCACGAAUAGAGAGAGAAGAUUUAAUCCAGCUCUGGAUGGCGGAAGGAUUUCUUCCAGAUAAUCCAGAAAUUAAUAUGGAGACUUUGGGCAAUACAUGUUUUAACAUUCUGUUGCAAAAUUCCUUCCUGCAAGAUGCCGAAAAGGAUAAGUUUGGCAAUAUCAAAUACUGCAAGAUGCAUGAUCUUGUGCAUGAUCUGGCAUGCUUAGUUUCAAAUUCAGAAAGCUUUAAUGCGGAGGAUCACAUUGCUGACGACAUUCCUAAAGUCAGAUUCCUUGCUACAAAGUUACUUAAAGAGGAAACACAGGUUACAAAAGAGAAGGCAAGUUAUCUGCGCACAUUACUCUCCGGCAGUAGCUUAUCUAACAAAAUUUUGCCAUGGUUCAAGCACCUGCACAUUCUAAAGUUAUGUUACGCAGAUAUUGAAGUUCUUCCUUUCGCAAUUGGAAAGUUGAUACAUUUGAGAUAUCUUGAUGCAUCCAGAAAUUAUAAAAUGAAAACUUUGCCAGAUUCUAUUUGCAAGCUCUACAAUUUACAAACAUUAAGGUUUGUAAAUUGCUCCCAUUUUCUACGGCUUCCAGAAAGGCUCUCCGACUUGAGUAAUUUGAGACAUCUCUACUUUUAUUCUUCUAACAAGGAUUUCCAGAUGCCGCCUAAAAUCAGAAAAUUGUCUCAUCUUCAAACAUUACAGUUUUUUAGAGUGGGUGACAAGGAAGGCUGCCGAAUCGAAGAGCUAGGAUUUUUGAAGAAUCUUAGAGGCAAACUGGAUAUACACAAUCUUGAACUGGUGAAAGGCAUAGAAGAAGCAAAGAAGGCGGAUUUGGUUGGAAAGCCAAAGAUAUAUAAAUUAAGUUUUAUGUGGACAACAAACAAUGAUGAGAAUGUCUCGGAAGGCAACAACAACGAUGAAAGUGUUCUCGAAGGCCUCCAACCUCACCCAAAUUUGAAAAGCAUAGGAAUUGAAGGAUUCAGAGGUACAAAAUUCCCAUCAUGGACUAUGAGAAUGGAAGUAUUCCUUGAUGGCCGUGGUUGGUUGAAACUUGAUAAACUGAUCGAUGUCUUCUUCAGUAAUUGCAAAAAUUGUGAAGAAAUUCCCAUGUUUGGUCUCCUACCACUCCUCAAAUAUCUGACCUUGGAUGGUUUGACUAACGCACAAUCCAUAGGUCCUUCAUUCUAUGGUGGCCAAGAGACGAGAGUAAUGUUCCCAGCACUUGAAAGACUUAUUCUACGGAACAUGCCAAACCUAACAGAGUGGGCAGAAGCUGAGGUGAUACCGGUGGCGGAAACACAAACAUGCAGAGAGCAGGUAUUUCCUUCCCUUGAAGUUUUGAUCAUCAAAAAUUGCCACAAAUUGAAUACUGCUCCAAGUCAUUUCCCUUGCUUGAAAAAUUGGAGAUUGAUACUAUGGAUAGUGAUUUACCAUUGACAAAGAUUCUGAGUAGCAGCGACCUAACUUCUUUGGAAGAUCUCUCGAUCAAUAAUAUAUCAACGCUCACUUGUCUUCCCCACUUGAAAGGAUUCCAGAAAUAUCUUCGAAAGUUGAGUAUUGAAUAUUGUGACAAAUUGAGAGAAUUAUCUGAUGAUCUACAUAGCUUCCAGUCUCUCGAGUCUUUGAGAAUAUCUAGUUGUGAAAGUCUACAAUCAAUUUCAUAUCAAAGUGGACAAAAAGGUCCCCCUUCUCUUCUAGACUUGGUAAUUGGGAAUUGCUCUGAGCUGAGCUGCCUACAAAGUGAAAUGAUUGAGUCCAUCCGCUGUCUGGAGUAUCUAACGGUGUUUGGAUGUGACCACCUCAUUUCUUUUCCAAUAGAUUUGGGGAAAUUGCCUUGUAUCUCAAGGUUACAUAUAUACAUUUGUCCUGAAUUGAGGAGUUUGCCCAAGGGAAUUGGCCAUCUUAGCAACUUAUCACAAUUGAGCAUUGGUAGAUUCUCAGAAUCAAUUGAUUUCAACUCAUUCCAAGCUGCUCUCGAUGGCAUCCAACGAUCCAAAUCUCUCUUGCAGUUGAAUUUAUAUGGUUUGGAACAUUGGGACUUAUUUCCAUAUCAGCUUCAGCAUCUCACUUCGCUCCAUAAGUUAGCAUUGUCUGGUUUUGGAAUUGAAGCAUUGCCAGAGUGGUUUAGAGUUCUAUCAUCUCUGGAAAGAUUAUGUCUGUAUGAAUUAAAAAAGCUUAGGCAUAUGCCCUCUAAGGAAGCGAUGCAAUGCCUCACUAAGCUAGAAUAUUUAAAUGUUUUUCAGUGUCCAUUGUUGGAGGAAAAGUACAGCGAAGAAAGAGGCCCUGAUUCCGAGUGGUCAAAGAUUUCACAUAUUCCUCACAUAGUUGGAGUGGCCCCAUAAUUGUAGAGAGGCCUGGUAUGCUGAUAUAGUCGGGUGGAACGUGGGUAUAGAUUAAUCAAAUGUUCGUGGUGAAAGAUGUGUUUUGAAUUUUUGAUGGAGUUUGAGCAAAAAUAAACUUCUUCAGCAUAGAUUCUCAAGGGAGCUAGGUAGCUCUCUUUCAACAGUAGUUCAAGAAUGCUUGCAAGUACUGUGUUUGAAAUACAAGGUGCUGGGAGUUAAUGGUUUGUUGGUUCUUAAUACUCUCUAUGUCCAGACUAUUGUGCUUUUAAUUAUUUCUUAGUGUUUAUUAAAAUAAUAUUCUGCUUGAAUUAUUUAUUAGGUCAAGGGAUUGUUAGUUCUUAAUUAUUUCAUCGGUUAAGGAAUAACAUGGCAUUGAUUUUGUUUUAA